AAAGAAAGGACUUGUAAAUGCAUCUCAUAUCAUAUCUAUGGUUUUGCUGUCCUAAACCUCAAGACAAGCACCUAGAAUCUCCAGACCAGAUCAUACCAGACCACGCCACUUGUAAAUUCACAUUCUUCACCAUGUCCCCACAUGCAAGCUUUCUUCCAAAUUCCAUCAUUUUCCACCAACACCAGUUCACCUUCCAUCUGAACUUCCAUUGUCAUAUCUUUCUCCUUGAUCUUUUACUCUUAGUCCCCCUUAGUUUCUCUUCUCAGUUCAGCUUCUUCCCAUUUAGUUUCUCUUCUGAAUUGAGUUUCCUUCCAUAAAUAAAAAGAACCUCAACUUUUUGUUUUUUUAAUUUCAAAUCCAAGAAUUUUCCUUUACCUUUCUCUUUUUCUCUUCAAAACAAAACAGAGCAGACCUGGCUUCUAGAACACAAGAACCCAUUUCAAAAACCAUCUCAUCAAUCAUUUGAACAGCCAUUGACACUUCUUCUCUACAAUUUUAUUGACCCUUUUUGCAUUCUUAAUCCUCUUAAGUUUCUCUUUAAAACCCGUCUAAUCAUUACAUUAAAUCAAGAUUUUAUCUCUUUCUCUUCAAAACUCACUUUGCCCUCAAAAGAAAACAAUAACCCACUUUACUAUUACUCUAAAUUUCAACAAGAACUUGCUCUAGCAUCCGCCAAAACAGUUAAAGAUCCAAUAUUUAUUCACCAGGAACGGACCUUUAUAUACAAAAAUGUCAGUAACAUGUGGAGUAGAAUGUGUAGUGGUUAUAGGAUGCAUGAGAUGGGCAUGGAAACGCUGCACUUAUGUGGGUUCUGAUGAUAGUGCAUCAUGGCCAUUAGCUACACCGGAAGAAUUUGAACCAGUUCCAAGAAUCUGCAGUUUAAUUCUUGCAGUUUAUGAAACCGAUGUUGAACAUCCUCAAUACUCACCAAAUAUUGAUCCCAAAUGUUUCAUCAAGCGGGUUACUUACCAGAAAACCAACGGUCUUGCUCCUCCUUAUGUAAUCUAUAUCGACCAUGAGCAUAAAGAAAUAGUUCUUGCAAUUCGUGGAUUGAAUUUGAUCAAAGAAAGUGACUACAAAUUGUUGUUGGAUAACAAAUUGGGUAUGCAAAUGUUUGAUGGGGGUUAUGUGCAUCAUGGUUUGUUGAAAUCUGCUGUAUGGUUGUUGAAUGAAGAGAGUGAGACACUGAAGAAGCUAUGGAUUGAAAACGGAAAAGAGUAUAAUAUGAUUUUUGCUGGGCAUUCCUUAGGAUCGGGAGUGGCUUCUUUGUUGACUGUUAUUGUUGUGAAUCAUAGAAAUAGGUUAGGUGGUAUCCCUAGGGAGAAAAUUAGGUGUUAUGCUGUGGCUCCUGCAAGGUGUAUGUCACUUAACUUGGCUGUUAAGUAUGCAGAUGUUAUUAACUCCAUUAUAUUGCAGGAUGAUUUCUUACCAAGAACACCUACUCCAUUGGAGGACAUAUUUAAGUCAGUCUUCUGCUUGCCCUGCUUGUUAUUUUUGGUUUGCUUGAGGGACACAUUUAUACCAGAAGGAAGGAAGCUUAGAGAUCCGAGAAGACUUUAUGCACCUGGACGAAUGUAUCACAUUGUAGAGAGAAAGUUUUGCAGAUGUGGGAGAUUCCCUCCAGAGGUUAGAACUGCCAUUCCCGUAGAUGGAAGAUUUGAACACAUUGUCUUAUCAUGUAAUACCACAUCUGAUCAUGCAAUCCUUUGGAUAAAAAGAGAGGCAGAGAAGGCCGUUCAGACAAUGAAAGAAAAUAAUGGUGAGACCAUUACAACUCCUCCGAAAGUGCAGAGAUUAGAGAGGAAGGAGACACUUGAAAAAGAACACAAAGAUGCACUAGAAAGAGCUGUCAGUUUGAACAUACCCCACGCUGUAAGCAACCCAGAGGCGCAAUCCCACUCAGAACCCUCCCACAUUGAGGGGGAAGGUGAACAUACAUCGGAAACUAGAUCACAGUCCAGUUCUGCAGGAACAAAUUGGAAUCAACUGGUUAACCAACUAUUAAACGAGUCCAGGAACAUUAGGACUGUGUCAAAGGUAGCGAGAGAGGACAAAGAUGCAUCGCAAAGUGGAACUAGUUUGAACAUACACCAUGCAGAGGUACAAUCCGAAAAGGGAAAAGAGAUGGAGCCUUCCCACAGCAAAGGGUAAAUGUGAAAACGUACAAACCAGAAUGAACUAAAUUAAACAUCUAAAGAACUCCAAAAAACCAAUUUUUUUGCAUUUUAACUGUGACCAUGUACAUUAGAAGGUGUUCUUUUCAUAUUUUUCUUUUCAUUACCUACCUUUUUUUAUGCCCGAGUUUGUGCAUUUUCUUGUAUAAAUCAAGAUUGCUUACAGAGCUAAAGUUUGCUCUUAAGAAACAGUAAAGAGAGAAGAAAAGAUGGUUCCAGGCAUCGCCGUUGCUUCA